AUGGCUAUGGUUGCUAAACAAGGGUGGAAUAUGUUGGCGUCACCAAACUCUCUGGUGGCCAAAAUCUUCAAAGCUCGGUAUUUUCCUCAUUCCUCUUUUCUUGAUGCUAAGAUUGGUAACAAUCCGAGUUUUGUUUGGCGUAGUUUGUGGAAGGCUAAGGAUGUUUUAAAGCUUGGAAGUAGGUGGAGUAUUGGAGGGGGAGUAGUAUUAAGGUCAUGUCAGACCCUUGGCUCCGAGAGAAAGGAAGGUGGUGGAUUAAUGGUGAAGAAAAUUUUUGAUAACGAAGGGGCUGAUGUUAUUCUUAGAGUUCCUUUAGUGGCAGAUGUGUUGGAAGAUAGGUUGGUCUGGCAAGAGGAGAAGAAUGGGGAGUAUAGUGUGAAAUCAGGCUAUAGGCUCUUGAAAGAGUUACAAGGUAGUCCACGGUCUUUUGGCAUUGAGGGUAGUUGGAAGCAUCUUUGGAAUAUUUCUGCGCCACCAAGAGCAAAACAUCUGUUAUGGAGGAUUUGCAGGUGCUGCCUCCCAACGCGGUCUAAGCUUCAACAACAUCAUGUUCAAUGUCCGUCUUUAUGCCCUUGGUGUGAUUUAGAAGAUGAAGACGAGUGGCAUGUGUUUUUCGUUUGCAUUUCUACUUCUCAAAGUUGGCGGGCAGCAGGUUUGUCAGCUAUAAUAGAACCUCGUUUAUAUUCUUUCCACGAUGCUAAGUCCCUUAUUUUCGAUGUUUGUAGACGGGAGGAUCGUAGGGAUGCAGGUAGAUUUGCUGUCUUGUUGGUGGUUAUUUGGAGAAGUAGGAAUAAUGUGGUUUGGCAAGAUACUCGGGAUGAUGCUUUGAGGAUUGGCUUACAAGCGUAUCAUUGCUGGUACGAUUGGUUUCUUGCUAGAGAUGAUCAUAACUCUGGCGUCGUUCAUAAUAUUCCAACAGUGUGGACUCCGCCUAUGCCUAAUCAAGUGAAAUGUAAUGUGGAUGCAGGUUUCAACAACGCAUGUGGUACUACUAAUAGAGGAUGGUGUUUCAAGGACCAUCUGGGGAGAUUUGUUUCAGCAGGUGUGUCUUGGAAUGUGGGUUUUCUCUCGGUUAUUGAAGCGGAAGCAACCGCUCUGAAGGAAUCAAUCCAAAGUGCCAUCUCACUCUGUUUAUCUCAUGUUAUUUUUGAAAGUGAUUGUCAAGUUGUUGUUCAGUCUAUUCAUAAUACACAUUGUGAACAGAGUAUUGCUGGAAGAAACGACAUUGCGAUUGCAGAUGCCUUGGAGGUUGUUGAUCAUGAUAUGCAGAAUCAGCCAAAUGCGACAAUGAUUAAUGAACUGCGAAGCUUGAGUACGUUCUAG